AUGACGAACCCAAGAAUAUGUUCAGAAGUACAUGUUCCACUCAGCCAGACGACCACCGGAGUCCCGACCGGAACGUUCCCCAUCAUCGCCUCCAUCCCACUCGGGACUACCGCUGCUCAAACCACCGCUGCCCUGAUUUUUGGCACGCUGCCCCCAAAGACUCAGGUUAUUGCAACCGUUACCGACAACGGCACCGAUUACUCAAUUGUCAUGACCACUACUCGUGGAGGUACGGGUAAUGAUGGCGUACACAUAACUGAUUACGACUCCUCCGACUCGGAGCAGGAACAUGAUACCCCUCCUCGAAAGAGAAGAGAUACCGACCAUACUCGAAACCGCCGAAGCCGCUUCAGGAAAGACAAUAAUGAACCCCGGGGGCCGACGAACCAAACUUAUGAGGAACGAAUCCGCGCCUACGAAGAGGAAAUUGCACGAUUAAAGAGAGACCAGGCAAGGUUGCCGCCCCUAGAACCGUGGGAUGAAAACCCUCGUCGGUCAAGCAUGAAUCAGAUCCACUUGUUGCCAGCUGGCGAUCCUGAUAACCCCGUUCCACCCUUUACCGAAAAAAUUAUGGGUGCAAGAAUCUCCAGAAAAUUCAAGCUCCCAACCAUCAAAGCCUAUGAUGGCACGGGUGAUCCUGUUAACCACGUCCGGACCUUUAUGAACGCUCUAUUGCUCCAACCAGUCACGGAGGCAAUUAAGUGCCGUGCUUUUCCUGAGACCUUGAGCGGGAUGGCGCAACACUGGUAUAGUCGCUUACCUCCAAAUUCUAUUUCUUGUUUUGCUGACUUGAGCAAGGCCAUCAUAGGGCAAUUUGUUGGAAGCAAAACACACUCCAAAAGCUCCGCCUCGUUAAUGAAUUUACACCAGGCUAAGAACGAAUCGCUCCAAGAGUAUAUGAAUCAUUUUACCAAGGAAGCCUUAAAGGUCCCAGACCUAGAUCCAAAGGUAGCUAUGAUUGCACUCCAACAAGGUACUACCGAUGACAACUUCCGUCGAUCUUUAGCCAAGAGGGCCCCUGAUAAUAUGAAUGAUUUUCAAGAGAGAGCCGGGAAGUAUAUUAAGGCGGAGGAAAGCUUGAGAAAAUCUCAGAACAAUCAGGGACUGAGUACUAACUUCAAGAAGCGCGGGAGUGACACCAAGUAUAACGCUGAGAAUAAAUACUCCAAGAAGGACGACGGUGAAAAGUCACCUGCUAAAAAGAAACUAGGGCCGAGGUUCACUGAGUAUGCUAAGCUUAAUGCCCCGAGGAGUCAAAUCCUGAUGGAGAUUGAGAAGGAUGAAAGUGUUAGAUGGCUGAAGUCUAUAAGAACCGACUCGAAGAAACGGAACAAAGAUUUAUAUUGUCGAUUCCAUAAAGACACCGGACAUAAGACCGAUGAUUGCCGGCAGUUGAAGGAUGAAAUUGAGUUCUUGAUCCAAAGAGGCAAGUUGUCCAAAUUUACCAGAGAUGGAGACAAGAAUCAUAGGGAUAAUGACAAUCGUGGAAGAGACAACGACGAUAAAAGAACUUAG